GAAGUGAGUGCCGAUCCGCACAGCUAACUUGACCACGGUGACCAUGGCGACAGCCAUCAAGCUCACUCUCAUCUCCUUGGUGAUCUGUGCCUGCAGUGUGGGGACUGAAGCAAAGUAUAGCCAGGGAUGUGAAGACCAAUACGUCUCCCUCAACUGUGGUUCAGAUGUGAUUGAUGUGCAGAUGGCCAGUUACGGCCGCACGGACAGGAUCACCUGCUCUGAUGGACGCCCAUGCUACCAGCUGACCAACACCAGCUGCUCCGCACCCAGCUCCCUCUCAGAAGUGAAGAAACGGUGUGAUGGCCGGAGGUCCUGCACAGUGAAGGCUUCAUCACUCAUCUUCUCAGAUCCGUGCGCCGGCAUCUACAAGUACCUGGAAGUCCUCUACCGCUGUGCGCCUCCAGGGGAAAGAUCCAGCCAGACAUGUGAAGGUGGUGAAGGACGACUGGAAUGCGCAGGUUCAGACGUAAUCCAAAUCAAUGAAGCCAAUUAUGGCCGGACUGAUACGACCACCUGCUCCUCUGGCCGACCUGCACGUCAGCUCAGCAAUACCUCCUGUUCUGCUCCCUCUACACUCCCCGUAAUAAGGGAAAGAUGUGAAGGCAGAGGGUCAUGUGCAGUGCAAGCCUCCAAUCUGAUCUUCUCUAAUCCAUGCCCUGGUAUCCACAAGUACCUGAACGUCUCCUACAGCUGUGUUCCUCCAGAGUCCAGCCAGACAUGUGAAGGUCAUCACAGCAGGCUGGAAUGUGGUUCAAAGGUCAUUCAGAUACAAGCUGCCAACUACGGACGGACAGACGGAACUACAUGUGCAGAUGGACUAAGUCCAAGUCAGGUCAACAACACCAACUGCCGCUCAGAAAACACGCUCUCUGAAAUGAGGGACAUUUGUGACGGGAGGACAUCGUGUGUGCUGAGGGCUUCUGGCAGUGUCUUCUCUGAUCCGUGCCCUGAGACCAGCAAGUACCUCAACAUCUCCUACAGCUGCGUCCCACCCAAGUCCAGCCAGACAUGUGAAGGCCAACCAAGCAGGCUGGAAUGUGGUUCAAAGGUCAUUCAGAUACAAGCGGCCAACUACGGGCGGACAGACGGAACUACAUGUGCAGAUGGACUAAGUCCUAGUCAGGUCAACAACACCAACUGCCGCUCAGAAGACACGCUCUUUGAAAUGAGGGAACUAUGCCAGGGGAAGAGCUCAUGUGUGGUGAACGCUGCAAAUGCAGAGCUCUCCAACCCGUGCCCUGCUACCCACAAGUACCUCAACAUCUCCUACAGCUGUACCUCCUUUUCUAAACAGACAUGUGAAGGAAGGACGGCACGUUCAAUGACGAUCACCUGUGGUUCAAACCGUUUUAUCAAGAUCCACUGGGCCAAUUAUGGACGCACAGACGCAACGAUCUGCCCUCACAGACACAUCUCAAACACCACCUGUUACUCACCAAAAUCACUGUCUGUUGUCAGAGAGAGAUGUGAAGGGAGGGUACAGUGCACCAUUAUAGUGUCCAACGCGUUCUUCUCCAACCCCUGCCCUGGAACUCACAAAUACCUGGACGUCACCUACAGCUGUGUUCCUCCUAUAUCCAGCCAGACGUGUGAGGGUAACAGCACCACCCUGGACUGCGGCCCAGAUGUGAUAUUCAUCCACACAGCUAACUACGGACGCACAGACACACACAUCUGCUCUGCUGGACAGUCUGCUGAAGCGGUCAGCAAUACCAACUGCAGGACCUCCAGAACCCGAACUGAACUCCAACAAGAGUGCGAUGGACAACAUAGCUGUGAGGUGACAGCAUCAAGUUCCACCUUCUUCGACAACUGUGAGGACACCUAUAAGUACCUGGAUCUCUCCUACACCUGCAAGGCUCCCAGCUCUUCCUAAAGCUGGAUCUCUCCUACAGCUGCAAGGCUCCCAACUCUUCCUAAAGCUGGAUAUCUCCUACACCUGCAAGGCUCCCAGCUCUUCCUAAAGCUGGAUAUCUCCUUCAGCUGCAAGGCUCCCAACUCUUCCUAAAGCUGGAUAUCUCCUUCACCUGCAAGGCUCCCAACUCUCCCUAAAGCUGGAUCUCUCCUUCACCUGCAAGGAUCCCAGCUCUUCCUAAAGCUCUUCCAGGCCAAUUCUGCUGAUUGCUCAACACCGCUGUACCAAUCAUGAUGGGAAUUCAGUUUAUUUUCUCCUCUGAAUCAGAUACCCGUUGCUUAGAUAUGCAUUUCAUUCAGUUUGAUUGUUUUGUCAUUCAUUUUAGUAGGAUUGAAUCAGAUACCCUUUGAAUAUAUGUUAUUUGACUCUGUCUGAUUUUUUAUUCAUUUUAGUAGGAUCAUUACGAUUCUGUGAUAGCCACACUAUUCAAUUUUAAUUCAACUUAUUUCUAUAGAAUCUUACUGGUGGAGGAGGUACUUUCUGAUUUGUAUUCCAAAUUUAAUCAUCUUUCUAAUUGAGCCCUUGACACUAAAAUCCUGUAAUCAAUCACAAAACAAAACAUGUAAUAAAGCAUUCACAAGUUA